AUGCUGAUGGUGCGGUACUGGAGAGGCAUGGAGCGCUUCGGCGGCGUCGAGGCUUACAAUCAGAAGGAGAUAUUCACAGUGGGCGGCAUCACUGGCCGAAUUGAGGUGUUGAAGGUGGACAUCGCCUGCCGGAGGCUGGUCCCCAUCAGUAGCCUUGGCCGGCAUGCGGUGUUUCUUGGCCGGACGCACUGCUUGCACAUCUCUACUGAGAUAUUCCCCUCCAUUACUGCCAGGUCGAUAUACCUGAGCUGCUAUCAUCAGCAAACUUGUGGGUUCGGCAUCUAUCAUAUCAACAACAAGAACCAUGGGAGGACCGAACCCGAGCACAAGUUCGUCUUCGUUGUAACACUGGGUUUAACUCAUGCUGCCAGACCCUACAACCUUGAUGAGUAUCUUGUACUCUAUGUCAACUGGAGACACAACCGUAGUAGGUCAUGUCUCAAUCAUACCAGUACUUAUUGUAGGGAGUACUCUCGCUAG